AUUUAAGGCUCAAAACAAUACAUAUUGAGUUCACCGGAAGAGGAGAUGUUUUGCUAUCACUGUCCGAUCGGUACUCCGGUGGGCACUCAUCACCACUCGAGCACAACACCCGCCGGAAUGCCCACACUAUCCAUGUAUUCAAGCGGUACUCCAUACACGACAUAUGCCGCCUAUCAGAGCGAUAUACACGACGACGCGUUCGUUCGCCGCAAACAACGCCGAAAUCGGACCACUUUUACGGUCCAACAGUUGGAGGAGUUGGAGAAGGCCUUCGCACAGACACACUAUCCCGAUGUCUUCACCCGUGAAGAUCUGGCGAUGAAAAUCAAUUUAACCGAAGCCCGCGUUCAGGUCUGGUUUCAGAACCGAAGGGCCAAAUGGAGAAAAGCCGAGCGUUUGCGCAAAGAAAGAGAGGACAAGACUAACCCCAAGUCGACGGACAGCUCCUCAUUAAGCAAUAUAAACGUGGAAACGGCCGGACAUAACGAUCUGAUGAUUAGCCCGGGUUCGUCGCCGGAGCCCAAAAUGAACGGCCGUCUGAGCUGUAACUCGUCGGUCGGCUCGCCAUCCAAUGACGGCCCACUUCUGGCCAAACCGAAGCUGACUGACCGCCAGACGCCCGAGAGUCAGCUCAAUAUGCAAAUCGUGCAAAAGUCGCUCAACAAUUGUCACCCGUUGUUCAAUCCGGCGCUCAUCGGACACCAGUCGUCGUCAUCGUCGGUCUCAACCAUCGCUAACCAUCGGCCGUCGAUUGCCGAUAUGAACGGCUCUCUCAUCGCCACCACUACCGCCGCGUCUGCGCUGUCUUCGCUACGAUCGCCGCCGCUGUCUGUGGCCUCACUUCACGGCCAAUCGUCGGCGUCAGCGUUCAUGGAGUCGGCGUCCUUUUUGAAAGAGCUGACCGCCAAUCAUCCGUUCGGGCCGUCAUUCCCGCUCCGCAACUCCUUUUUAUCCGCUUUCACCGCAUCCGACAGUGUACUGAACGCGGCGGCGGCCGCAGCCAACUCGUCGGCCGCCCGUUUCUCAUCAUUGCAGCCACUAUUUGUCCCUGCUCAUAUGGGCGCACAUAUGGCCCACCAGUUCGCCAGCGCCGCCUCCAACGCCGCCUCCUUUCCAUUCAAAGCUCUGUGCCCGUGUUGUCUGCCAAACAGUCGGCCCGUCUCUCCCCCGACGGCCCCACCGACGUCGUCGUCGACCGCCACCACUACCUCCGGUUCGAUCGCAUCCAUCGCUAACCAUUUGUUGAGCACAUCUUCGCCGUCGACCACAUCCAGUGUCCAAGAGUUGCGCCGCAAAGCCAAAGAGCACAGCGAGUCUAUGUUGGCUCAGGUCUGUCCUCUCGGCGUCGUCUCCGGUGCCGUCACCGCCACUACCACUCCAUUCAAGCCCUCAAUCAUCUCAUAAUAUCGAUGAGUAAACAGACAUUUACUACUUCUUCGCCUCAUAUGCUUCCGCUGUCUUUUAUGUCCGAC